AUGGGAAAUGUGAGAGCAGAAAACGUUAUUGCUCCAUUUGCACUAAAAGAAAUAGUGGAAGAAAUAAAAAGUUUAAAGUCAAGGAAAGCACCGGGUUAUGAUUUAAUUACUUCUAAGAUACUGAACCGUGCCCCCGGUGGCCGAGUGGUAAUGCACUCGAGUAUCAGUGGUUUUCACCCGGGGGGUCGUGGGUUCAAAUCCCGCGGUGGUCGCACUAUCAAUAUGAUGAAAUUACUGAAAAAAAAAACUGAGAUUCAGCCUCGGAGAAGCAAUGAAAUAACGGGAACGAACUUUGGCACACGCAUAAGGACAAGAAUAGGACAAUGGAAUGUUAGAACUUUAAGAGAGGCCUCAAAACUAGCACAAGUAGAAAAUGAAAUGAAGAGGUAUAAGAUCAGCAUUCUUGGGCUAUCUGAAAUAAGAUGGAAAGAAAAUGGAGAAAUUAUGACAAACGAAGGUAACCAAUUCAUAUACUCGGGAAACAGUAGAGGUGAAUAUGGCGUAGGGUUCAUAAUAAGUAAACAAAUGUCAAAAAGUGUAAUAAGCUGGGAACCCAUAUCUAACAGACUCAUCACCCUCAGACUAAACUCGAGAAUCAGAAAGGUUUCAAUCAUUCAAUGCUAUGCACCAACAGAAGUAGCUGACGAAAGCGAGAAAAAUGAGCUAUAUGAGCAGCUGACAGCAGCAAUAUAUAAAGUACCGCGCACGGACAUUCUGAUACUUAUGGGCGACUUCAACGCUAAAGUUGGGCAAAGGGACCCAGAAGAUGAAUGUACGGCCACAGGAACACAUGGGCUUGGUGUGUUGAAUAACAAUGGUGAAAGACUAAGAGACUUCUGCAGAGAACACAAUCUAGUAAUUGGCGGCACACUAUUCCCACACAAAAACAUCCACAAAUACACUUGGACAUCCCCCGAUGGCAUAACAAAGAACCAAAUAGAUCAUAUAUGCAUUAGCAAAAAAUGGAGAUCCUCGCUAAUGGAUGUCAGGACAAUGAGAGGAGCGGAUGCCCAAACGGAUCACAUGUUACUUACCUGUGAAGUGAGACUCAAACUAUCGGCCCUAGCAAGAAACUCAACCAGGAAGAGGAAAUGCCUUAACACCAAAGAAUUAAAGUCAGAAGCAAAGAGAUUUGAGUUGUCACAGAAGAUAGAAGAUCUUAUCGUCACAGAGAGUCCAAUAACAGAAGAAGGUAUCCAAAGAAUAUAUAGAAGAGCUGGUGAAGAAGUUAUUGGGACUAUAAAUCCAGAAAGAAAGUGGUGGAUAUCCGAUGAUACAUGGGAAUUAAUUAAUAAGAGAAGAACUUUGAGAAGGAAGCUUCUAACAGACACAAACAACAAUGCGGUACGAGAACAACAUAAAACGAUCUGUAAGGAAGUCAAAAGAGCAGCCAGAAAUGAUAAAAGAAGAUACCAUAAUAAUAUCGCUGCAGAAGCGCAAGUCGCAGCUGAACAACAUGACACCAAACAAUUAUACAAGAAAAUAAGGUUACUUUCGAAUAGGGGUCUCAAUAAAGAACAUCCUAUCAGAGACAAAAAUGGUAACAUAUUAACUGAAACGCAGAGACAAAUUGAAAGAUGGGUCGAAUACUUCAAUGAAGCAUCCAACACACAACUUCCGGAAUUCCAGCCAGAAAUCUGGGCAAGUCGAAAUGAAGAACGCUGCAAUAUAAACACUAGUCCACCCUCAUCCAGAGAAAUUUGUGAGGCCAUAGCCCAACUGAAGAACAAUAGGGCUGAAGGAACUGAUGGCAUAAGAGCUGAAUUAAUGAAGGCAGACCCCUUACAAUGUGCUAGAGCACUACAGCCCAUAAUAGGGAGAAUUUGGGAAACUGAAAACAUAUGUAAAGAAUGGAAGAGAGGCAUCAUUGUGAAGCUUCCGAAAAAGGGUGAUCUGACCAACUGUAGCAACUGGAGAGGCAUUACACUACUCAAUGCCGUUAUUAAGAUACUCGCCAUCAUCCUACAUUCAAGAAUUAAAGAUCACAUAGAAAAACGACUAAGAAAAGAACAGAAUUCAACUCGCCACUCUAUAUGGCAUUCGUGGACUUCAAGACAGCUUUCGACGCCAUAA